UUGGACAAAUUACAGACACCAGCAAAAUGUUUUGGUGUUUUCAUGGGCUUACGACGGCUUUCAGUAACGGUGUGGUUUUUAUGAAGAUCAACACUGUACAAUGUUGGUCCCGCCCCUGCCCAAUGCUGUCAGGAGAAUUAACGAUCGCUGUUCAAGCAAAUGUCUGUCAUGCCUAUCAAAUGGUUCAGAGCAAUGGCAUUCCCAAUGAUCAAGUGGUUGUGAUGAUGUAUGAUGAUAUAGCUUACAGUGAGCAGAACCCACACCCAGGAGAAAUUAUCAACGAGCCCGGUGGUCCAAAUGUUUACCCGGGGGUUUUGAAGGACUACACUGGAGUAGAUGUAUCAGUGGCCAACUUCCUGGCAGUGCUUAGGGGGGAUGAAGCAGGUGUCAAUAAACAGACAGGGGGCCCGGUCAAGGUCUUGAGAAGUGAUGAACGCGACACAGUUUUCAUCUAUCUGGCAGACCACGGCAGUACCGGGGUGUUUGCCUUCCCCAGGGAAUUUCUUCAUGCGUCUGACCUUGUGGACACUAUAAAUGAGAUGGCAAGAUGCCAGAAGUUUUCACAGAUGGUGAUUUACAUGGAAAGCUGCUGCUCUGGAUCAAUGAUGCUCCAUCUCCCCAAAAAUGCCCAAGCAUAUGGAGUAGCAGCCUCCCUGCCCUAUGAAUCACACUGUGCCUGUUUCUAUGAUGAAGACAGGCUUACAUUUCUUGCUGGUGAAUUCACAUCAUGUUGGCUCUUCCACAGUCAGACAUCUGAUCUCACACAGACAACCUUCCAGGAUCAGUUUGUGUUUUUGCAACAAAAGAUCACCCAAUCUACUCCUUGUCAGUAUGGUAACAAUGAGCUGAGCAGCCUGACCAUCAGUGACGUUUUGGGUAAUUCUGACCCCAGAACUCGGGCAUCACGUUUCAGAGGGGCUGAGACCUUCCAACUAACCCAUCUCACACCAUCUUCCGAAGUUCCACUGAUAAUUCAAAGGCGCAGAAUUCAAAGAGAAUCCAACCCCGUGAAAAAGGAGGCUCUCCAGAGAGACCUUGAUAAACUUCUGCAGACAAGAAAUGCUGUCAAGAAAGCUGUGCAUGCCAUUGCUAAGCGUGCCUGUCCUGAGGAGGCAGCCAGAGUCAUGGCUGACAGGCGUCCACUCACUCGACUGGCUGAUAUGAAAGCCCUAGUAGAGCACUUCAGCCGUACCUUCAGUGGCUGGAGUCAGGACCAGCUUGCUGAUUUUGGGCUUUUACACAUGCAUGUGUUUGUGAAUCUCUGUGAGUCUGGGGUGGACAUUGCCAGGAUCGAAGAGGCCAUAACCACCGUGAGCUCUUUGACAGAGUUCUGGUGAACACGUCAGUUCAGCACUGAAGCUACUGCUGGCCUCUUCUGUUGCUCACUUGUUGCUUUUAUGUCUUGCAUUAGUAAAGCUCAGUGAAUGAGACGGUGAUGAUGGCGAGAAUAGUUUUAAUGAUAAUAUACUUUAAUACUUGUUCCAGGGUCUGAUAUCACAUAAUCACUGCAUCUGGUAGUCAGUUUUCGCCUUUCCAUUUCAGGACCGUGAUGUCAAAUUUCUUUACAGUCAUAACAUAUUGAACACUGAGCGAAUCAAAGGGUUUUCCACCUAAAUCUAAAUCUAAAUCUUGGCUGAUUGCAAAAAAAACAAACAAACCUAAAUGAUUUACCCUAAAGGGUAAAAUAGGUAUGUAUAUGUUGAAAUAAACAGA